AUGAAUGCUUCAGUUACCCACUUCGAAAUGUCCACACUCUAUGUCAGAGACUUGCACCCUGAAGUGAAUGAGGCAAUGUUGUAUGGGAAAUUCCUUAGAGCUGGGCCUAUCCUUUCCAUUCGGGUGUGCCGCGAUGAGGUAACAUGCCACUCCCUGGGCUAAACGUAUGUAAACUUCUUGGUGCAGGCUGAUACUGAGUGGGCUCUGAACACUAUGAACUUUGAUAUUAUGAAUGGCAAACUACUGCUUAUUAUGUGGCCCCAGCAUGACCUAUCACUUCGUAAGAGUGGAGUGGGCAAUAUAUUCAUUAAAAAUCUGCCAUUUAUUGUUAAUAAGUCCCUUUAUGAUACAUGUUCUGUCUUUGGAAACAUUCUUUCUUGUAAAGUAGUAACUGAUGAAAGUGGAUCAAGGGGUUUUGGAUUUGUGCAUUUUGAGAAAUCAGAUGCCACUGAAAGGGCUGUUGCAAAGAUUAAUGGUAUUCUGUUGAAAGGUAGGCGAGUUUUUUUGGGCAGUUUAAACCUCGCAAAAAAAAGGGAAGCAGAGCUCAGGGCUAAAGCAAUUAUAUUUACCAGUGUUUACAUCAAGAAUUUUGUAGAUGAUGUAGAUGAUGAAUGCCUUAGAGAAAUUUUUGGUGAGUUUGGUUCUGUAUUAAGUAUCAGAGUUACGACUUUUGAAAGUGGAAAAUCCAAAGGGUUUGGAUUUGUGAGUUUUGAGAAUUGUGAAGAUGCAAAGAAAACCAUUGAAGAAAUGAAUGGAAAAGUCCUUAAUGGAAAUCAAAUUUAUGUUGGUAGAGCCCAGAACAAACUAGAGAGACACUAUGAACUAAAACACAAAUUUGAACAAAUAAAGCAGGGUAAACUCACCAAGGGCAAGGGGGCUAACCUGUAUGUGAAAAAUCUUGAAGACAAAAUUGAUGACAAACAACUGAGAAGAGAAUUCUCUCUCUUUGGGACAAUCUCUAGUGCCAGGGUCAUGAUGGAGGCAGGCCACAGCAAAGGCUUUGGUUUUGUUUGGUAUACAACUCCUGAGGAAGCUAAUAAAGCUGUCAUGGAAAUGAAUGGGAAAAUUGUGAUCACCAAACCACUGUAUGUGGCUAUUGCACAGAGUAAGGAUGAGUGCCAUGCUUUCCUCACCAAGAACUACAUGGAGAGAAUCUCAGCUGUGAGAGAUGAAGAUAAUCCUAUAAUCAACUAUUGA